GACAUGUGGCGUUCAGGGUCAGCACGGAUUCUCGAGUAGCUGCGUCUACGCCUUCCCUUUACGUAAUGACGUAGAUUACGUCACUACGUCUUGGACGAGCCGAAAAUGGCGGAGUAUCUAGCAUCCAUUUUCGGCACAGAGAAAGACAAGGUCAACUGCUCCUUCUAUUUUAAAAUUGGCGCUUGCAGACAUGGAGACCGCUGCUCGAGAUUGCACAACAAACCAACCUUCAGCCAGACCAUCUUGAUCCAGAACAUCUACCGUAAUCCUCAGAACAGCGCACAGACGGCCGACUCUUCUCGCUGUGCUGUCAGCGAUGUGGAAAUGCAGGAGCACUAUGACGAGUUCUUCGAGGAGGUGUUCGCAGAGAUGGAGGAGAAGUACGGAGAGGUGGAGGAGAUGAACGUGUGCGACAACUUGGGCGACCACCUCGUCGGAAAUGUCUACGUUAAGUUUCGCAGAGAGGAGGACGCAGAGAAAGCUGUCAUGGACCUGAACAAUCGUUGGUUCAACGCCCAGGCCGUCCACUCAGAGCUCUCCCCCGUCACCGACUUCAGGGAAGCCUGCUGCCGCCAGUACGAGAUGGGGGAGUGUACCAGAGGAGGCUUCUGCAACUUCAUGCACCUGAAACCCAUAUCGCGGGAACUUCGGCGGGAGUUGUACGGCCGCCGCAGGAAAGGGCCUGACCCUGGCGCGCGCCCCAGGGAACGGCGCUCCCGAUCCAAGGACCGGCGGCGGGACCGCGAGAGGCCGAGAAGGUCGAGGGACCGAGAGCGCUCCGGACGAUUCUGAAAGAAGCCGAGACCGACCCCAUGUCCUCCCAAAUCCCCAUCCCCCCUCUCUCAUCCGCAGCAGUGAUGACAAAGUUAUUUUUUCUUUAUUGGUGAAUUGUUGGAAGUGUUUUCUUUCUCUGUUUUCUUUUAUUCCCUUUUUUAAGACAAGUUCAUGUCACUUUCUCAAUAAAACAGAUUUGUAAUUCUGCACUUGCA